AAAUCACAAAUGAUAAAGUUAUGUAGUCGUUUUUUUCUUUUCGUAUCUUGUAAAACAUGGAGACAACCCCGAUAAAACCAACAGCAGCUGAUGAAACUACGCCAAGCGCCGAGCAGUCUUCAAACAGGUCCAGUACUGCAAAGCCCAUGAGUGCCUCGCUGAGGGAGAAGCUAAAAAGAUCUCGACACUCGUUCAAGUCUCCCCUCAGUGUGGUAAAACGACUCAAAAUAGAGGAUGACACUGAGCCUCAGCCUUCACAGCAGGGAGAAGAAGAGAAACACGGUGUCAAAGACGACAGAGACUCUAACGUUACAGAGACUGAUGUCAACAGGAAUGACAUGAAGCUGCAGAGAGACUCGAACCACACAGCUGAGCUCCCCAGUCAGCAAUGCGAAGCGCUGAGAAAAGCGGUGAAGGAGAGAACAGAAACCUUGAGGAGAUUAAAGAUGGUCAAGAUGUACAGGAAAAAGAAUGACUUGAAUGAGUUGCAGAGGCUCACAGACAAAUGGAGAUCCUGUGCUCAGUCUGUGCUGUAUGAACUACAGAGAGAACUGGCCACAGGUGGAAAACAAGCCAGUCUUUCACAACUUAUUGACAGCUUUGGGAUUAAUGAUAAACUACUGCACUUUGAUAGGACAGAGGAAGACUUCACAGACACGUGAAUACAUUUCAGCAAUUUUUAUUCACAGUUCAAACAGAUUGCAGCGAGCUUUGUUCAUUAAAACGUUUGCGAAGAAAGAUUGUCAAUUGAUUGAACUGUAUAAUAAUUUAUUGCACCUUUGUGUGUUGUUUAUUGUUUAGGUAAAGUUGUUGCGUUUUGUAUGUAGAGUCAGUUGUAGUGCAGUUGCGAGAGAGACGGGAAGUUCUUCAUGCGCAGUUUCUCCAGCUCCGCUCUCAGCAGGAGCAGCUCUUCAGACUGAGCUCUGGCGAUGGCCAGCAGCUUCUUUCUCAGGAGGAUGUCCUGGUAGUUCUUGUCUGACUCUGUUUCCUGGUUAUCUUCCAUUGCUGGAAAAAGAAAAUGUUAUCAAAUUUUGUGAGCUGUUCAGGCUCCUAUGCAUUUUUAGCACCAUUAAUAAAUAUGGAUAAACAGC